AUGCCCAGGUGGACGGCUGCUCCGUCCACCAUCGGUCCCACUGCUUCCCUCAAGACGAAGCUUGGUGCAGUGCAAGUGUACGGCAUAAGGCACAACCGAUUUUUGAAUACGGAUGACGGCUCUGUAAUGGAACUGUCAAACGUCAAUACAAGUCUAGGAAGACCGUCCCGCGUGGAAACGGAUGCGGCAACUGUUCGGGCUGAACAGAUCUUUCCUGCCUACCUCCAACUUCGAGAUAGCAACCUUCAUCUGUGUCGCUCGAACUGUGAUGGAGUCAACCCAUCGUGGAGUGGAAAUCAAACAGUUGUUGUAUCAAACAGCGAGGGUUUUUGUCCUGUUCUCGGUACGGAAGAGGUUGCUGUGGUGAUAAAGAGAGUCUCAAAGAGACGAUACAAGCUCCUGUGCGAAGUGGUUGUUCUUCUUACGAAUUGUGGUGCAUCCAGUGAAGCGGCCCUUCGGUCAGAAAUGGUUACUUGA